AUGGACAUCGACCUGGAGGGGAUUAUCCAGGGCAUCAAGAGCAGAGACACCGACAGAAUUCAGAUCCAUCUACAAGAGUUUAACAAGGAGUAUGCACAAUGCUUCUUCUUCGACAAGGAGGAGAGAAAUCGCAGGAAACAAAAGAGACUUGAAGAGUUUAAGAUUAAUAAAGUGAGGGAUUAUACAGAUUCAGACUCGGAUGGAGAGGAAUAUGCAGAAGAGGAUUGUGAUCUUUUCCUCAGACAAAAUCUGGCCCUGGUGUUGAUUGGGUUCAUCAGAACUGAGGUUGAUUGCAGUCUGCUGAAGGUGACUCUCCGAAGCCUGAGGAUUCUGUCCCGGGACAAGAGGGUAUUGGCUCCGCUGGUCACCGACAAUGCUCUGCUGACUCUGGCCAAACUCGGGGGUCUGACCUCAGAAGAGACACAAGAGGAGCUCUCACAGCCAGAUGUAGACUUCUAUGACAACAUCAUAGUGUCUCUUGCUAAAGCCAAAGCCCAAGAGGAGGAGGCCCACAUGGAGACGUACGAGCAGGCCGAGGAGAGCGUGGAGGACGUCAGCAGCACAGACGCAGAGAACAUGAGCUGGGUCAGCGGAGCCUGGCCCAGCAUCAACGAGGCGCAGAGAGGCAGCGUCCACCAGAAAGUGCUGGAGCGAGGCAGGAGGGACCGCCGCAAGAGCAAGCUGGAGGGAGAAGGGGACGAUGAGCCUGAGGGGGAUCCGACAGAGGAAGCGCAGAGGAAGGAGGCCAUGAAGGUCUUAUGUAACGUCGUUUACAACAGUAGUUGGGCCCAGGAGAGGUUCAGUGCUCUCGGACUGAUUAACGGAUUAAUGCAACUGCUGUCUGCUGGGGUCAGCUCCUCGCCGCCCUCCAGUGUUCAGUUCUAUGAACUGCGCCUCAUGUUCCUGAUGACUGCAUUACGGCCAGAGCUCAGCAAACUGCUCCAACAGGAGGGUGGUGUGUCCCUCCUCACCGCUGCCCUGGAGAGCUGCCUGGAGGUUGAGUGGACGGACCAAUACCAGUGUGUGCUGGACUUGGCAGCUCCUCCCAUUUCUCUGGACGCAUCACAGCGCGUUAUGGAGAUUCUGAAAAUUCUUUUCAAUAUUACCUUCAGCUCGCACCGCAGGGAGCCCAGAGAGGAAGAGGCAGCUCAAUACCGACACCUUGUGGCUAUUCUUCGACUCUGCCUGUUGAGGAAGUGUGUUCUAGCUGAGGACACUGAUGACCUGCAGGGUCACACAGUGAACCUGCUGUCCGCGCUGCCCCUCCAGUGUCUGGACUUGCUCCUCACGGCUCCUCUGGCCCCGGGCUCAGAACAGUUCAAUGGAGUCAACAUGGACUGUGUGCAGAAGCUGCUGUGCUUCAUGGAGCAGCGUCUGGAGCAGGGCGAUAAGGCCAAAGAGAAGCUGACCCCGAUUCUCAACUUGCUGACGGAGAGCUGCCGAGCUCACAGGGAAACCAGGAAGUACCUCAGGAACCAGAUCCUGCCGCCGCUCAGAGAUGUGUCCCAGAGACCAGAGGAGGGCUCCACGGUGAAGAGCCAGAUCGUUCGCCUCAUGACGCAUCUGGACACUGACCUGAAACACUGCGCCGCUGACUUCAUCUUCGUCCUCUGCAAAGAAAACGUGCGCCGCUUUGUGAAGUACACAGGCUACGGCAAUGCAGCGGGGCUGUUGGCCACCAGGGGUCUGCUGGGGGGCCAGAGCGCUCAGAGCGUCACUGCACAUUACUCCAGUGACUCGAACUCGGACACAGAGGAGUACAGACAGCAGAAGGACCGCAUCAACCCAGUGACGGGGCGAGUGGAGGCGCAAAUGCCUGACCCCAUGGAGGGCAUGUCUGAGCAGGAGAAGGAGGAGGAGGCCAAGAGGCUCAUCAAGCUCUUCAGCAAACUCUCCAGAGAUGACAUCAUUCAGCCGAUGGGCGUGGACUCAGAAGGACGCCUCGUUCCAAUGACAGGACUCGGGCGCAACUCUAUCAUAGAAGAACGACACUCGGACUCUGAUUUUGAGGAGGAAAAGUAG